AGAAGCGUCUGCUGCACGGCUUGAAUUCAAUUGAUUCACGUGAUAAAAAAUUAUGUCGACGUAACAUUCCGAAACGGUAGAACCCUAGUGUUGUGGAUGCACAGAGACUCGUUUACCCGUUUUCCUGUUUCGCAUAAGGAAUUAAGCUAACAAACAGUGCAAUCAUGGGAAAAUCACCAAGGGUUCUUUCCAUACAAAGUCAUGUGGUAUCGGGAUACGUAGGAAACAAGAGUGCUACAUUUCCUUUGCAGGUUCUUGGAUUCGAAGUCGAUGCCAUUAAUUCUGUACAGUUAUCAAACCAUACUGGUUAUGGAUCUUGUGCGGGACAAGUACUACAUGCUGACGAACUGGCACAGUUGAUGAAGGGUUUGGCGAGCAAUGGGCUUGAUCAUUACUCUCACUUAUUGACUGGAUACUCAGGCUCACCAACAUUCCUUAAAGGCAUAGCUGAUGCUGUCAAACAGCUGCGUGCUAAAAAUCCAGAUCUGAUGUAUGUGUGUGAUCCAGUAAUGGGAGACAAUGGACGAAUGUACGUUCCAGAAGAACUGCUUCCUAUUUAUCGUGAUGUAAUUGUGCCAUUGGCUGAUAUCAUCACUCCAAACCAGUAUGAAGUUGAAUUGCUUACAGGUCAGAAGGUGGAAACAAUAGAUGAUGCAUGGCGAGCUGUUGAUAUCUUCCACAACCAAGGAAUAAAAACUGUUGUGCUUUCUUCAACAGAACUUGGAGAUGAAGAACAUUUGUUAGGUCUCGCAAGCUCUGUCAUUGAUAAAGAGAGAAAGAAGUUUAGCAUAAGAAUUCCACGAAUUAAAGGAGUGUUUACUGGAACUGGUGACUUGUUUGCUGCACUGUUUCUUGCUUGGAUGUACCACAGUGAUGGAGACACAAAGUUGGCCCUAGAGAAAACAAUUGCCACUCUUCAAGGUGUCCUCCACCGCACACAUGAAUUUGCAGGAGAUGUGACUGGUUUAUCAAAGCCAAUGAAGGCAGCUGCUGUGGAACUACGUCUUAUUCAAAGCCGUCAAGAUAUUGAAAAGCCAGAGAUCCGUGUUCGGGCCCAGGAACACUAAAUAGCAAUACUGUUAUCGAAUAUUACCAUGAACUGUUGCGCAAAAGAUACUGCAACAGUUUUAUUGCAUUUUAUGUUUUUUUUGUAGAUAGAUUAGAGCUGCAUAAGAUGCUUAAAUGUUUAACAUAGCAGACAGUUUUAAUGUUACACAAGCUACAAGAAGAAGUCACAAACAACAAGCACUGGUGUUAAUUCUCCAACUGUGAAUGCAGAAAUACAACAAAUGACACAGAUAUUUCAUGUAAGUUAACUUUGACCACAAGUGUACUGUAUUGGUAACAACAAAUCAUAAGUGAUUUUACUGAUAGUGGCAUGUUGACUGUAUUAACAUACCUAAUAUGUAUGACCCUGGUAGGUAACAUCAAGUUGUGUGUCAAUUGUUGUGAUUUGGUCUAGGCAUGUCUUGAAGUAACA